AUGAACAUGUCAGAAGUCAGCGACUCGACGAAUCGAAAUUCCGUCCGGGAUUCCCACGUCGACUCCCUCCAUGAUCCCAACCGCGAUUCCCAGGCCACGGCUCACGAGCUGCUAAGGGGAUCGGACGAAUUCCGAAGGUCUUCCUCUCACAAUCCGUACCGAUGGACACCACUGGCGGGCAUUGCGUCGGGGUCGGCGGUUGGCUCUGACCACGAAGAGUCUACACUAGUUGACGAGGAUUCCGACAUCGGGCAUGAUGACAGCGAGAUUUCGGAAAUCAUCGUUCUUGAUUCUCACCAACAUCCCGUCAAAGUCGUCAAGCCGCUGCCGUCCAUUCCUCGCAACCCCUCCGAGGGCAAGAUAGGAUCCGUGGGUCUGGACAAGGCCGCACUCAAAGGACAGUCGGAACCAGCGCAUACCGCUGGAGGCGCUGGCGCACCAAAACGACCACCCGUCGACCGUACUACCUGGAUUGAUGGACUUCGUGGGAUCGCAUCUAUCAUUAUUUUCAUCCAUCACUUCUCUGACAACACGUGGGAAGUCCCGCAUCCAGACGUACUACAGUGGGGAACGCCUACGAGCAUCCUCAAGGAUGGCCAGUUUGCCGUCUCGCUCUUCUUCCUGCUUUCCGGACGCGUUCUGACGUACGGGUUCCUGAAAGGCCGCAACACUGGCAAAGUUCGCUGGCGAUCCCUCGCGUCUGCGAUCUUCCGUCGUACCAUUCGUUUGGCCCUGCCCAUCUUUGUGCUCGCGUUCAUGCAACAGCAAGUGUGUCUCGCUGGAUAUGCCGACGAAGCUCCGCGAGCAGCAAAGUUCCUGGAAACCGAUCGUCUCGGCCGCCCGCUCUGGUGCAAUGUCACCGACUUUAAGGGCUUCCUUUCUUAUUUCAUUCAAGUGCUGAGCAAUCCGGACCACAUCUACAUUCGAACUCUGGGAAGUACUCUUUGGUCCAUGUACGACCAGUUCUGGGGAUCCGUCUAUGUCUAUAUCCUUUCCGCCUUCAUGGUCCUCAUGAACGGACGUCGUUACAUCGUCUAUGCUUUCUUGUCUCUGUGGUUCUGGUUUGCAAACAGCCCCAACAUGCUCUUCGUCCUGGGUCUUAUGCUCGCCGAUCUUGCUGCAAGCAACAUCACCAAAAGAAUCCGGGACAAGUCGUGGUACAUAGUUCUCGGCCUCCAACUGGUCUUCCUCGUCGUUGCCAUGUUCCUCAUCGUCGACCAAGAGAAGGCCGAUGACGCAUCGUUCGGUAUCCUGGACCACACCAUCAAUCCGGCAACUGGUGUCCUUGGCGGAUACAACGGCGGGGCCCGUGCGGCUAACCCUUGGCCUGAAGUGAUGCGGUUCAAGCACUGGCUCUCUGCCGUCUGUAUCAUCGCUUGGGUCGAGCUCGCUCCUGGCGCUCAAUGGUUCUUCUCAUCAAGGAUCUUCGUCUUCCUCGGAAACAUCACCUUUGGAACUUAUGUGAUUCAGAUGACGGUUAUCUACACGAUCAUGCCCCGUCUGGUCCUCAGUUUCGCUGCCAAGGGCUGGUCCUACUGGAACAACGUCAUCCUCACGUUCAUCAUCUGCCUCUUCAUCACGUUGUUCCUGGCGUGGAUCUUCUACCGCACGGUCGACAACUGGAGUUUGAAGCUCGCGCGGUGGAUGUGGAACGAGCUGUUCGAGAAUGGCACCACAAGAAUCUCCGAGCUUCCUAGGAAGAUCGGCGUCGGUUCGGUUCGUCUCGUCAAGUCGAUCCCCGGUGGUCUUGCCGCUUGGGGCAGAAACAAAAGUGCUUCGACGGCAGCAGGUUAUCGCAAAUUCAACUGGUUCAUCCGUCACUGGCGGUCACCAGUCGUCAGAGACCGCACGAAGUUGACAGACGCCGACCGAGCAGUCCCUCGCGAUCAUCUCUGCUCCACCACCUGGACCGCAGAUCUGAGCAACGACAAGGAAGCCAUGCGUACCGCUUGGUUGCUUCGCUUGAACAGCUUUUUGGCUCCCGUUCACUUUGUGGGAAUUCCCGGAUUGGCCUUCCUUUGGUUCUGGUUCAACCCUAUUGGUCCCUGGAGCUACGACAUUCUCACCUUCGGCUCGCUCUGGAGAUGCUUAUGGUGCUUGUCAGUUCCCUACUGUAUCAUUACCUUCAUCGGCUUCAGUACUCCGCGCAUCGCCCGGACCAAGAAGGACAUGGACCGCCGACCUGUCACAAGGGAACACAUCCGCAACUUCUACAUCCUGAUCGUCACUCAAGGUUCCAACGAAUCGGCUGUGCGUCGUGGGUACAACCGCAUGAAGCCGCUUGAAGCCCUCCACCCGAGUGUUCGCGUGUUCGUCCUGACGGAUGAGCCAUACUCUUACCCCGAUCUCAACAACAUCGUUUGCCCCUUGAAGUACAAGAGUCCCAAGGGAAUGUCCAAGCACAAGGCUCGCGCUCUCGACUACUUCCGUCAUUCUCAAAAUUUAACGACCUACGACUGGAUCCUGCACAUGGACGAAGAGUCAACCAUUGAUGGCGAGUCCCUUCGUCGGUGCUUCGACUUCAUCCGGUAUACCCAGCACGACUACGGCCAAGGAGUGAUUCUGUACGACGCUUACAAGUACUGGCACAACUGGUUUUUCUCCGUGGCCGAUGGUAUCCGAGUCGGCGACGAUCUGGCACGGUUCAACCUGCAGUUCACCGUGAUCAAUCGACCGGUAUUCGGUGUGCACGGAAGUUUCCUGAUGACCAACGGAGACGUCGAGAACGAGAACACCUGGGAUUUCGGAACGCUUGCCGAAGAUUUCGAGUUCAGUCAAGCUGCCUGGCAGAAAGGGUUCACAUGUGGAGCCAUCCAUGGAAUUGUUCGUGAGCAAUCUCCAGGAAGUCUUCGUGACUUUAUGAAGCAACGGAGAAGAUGGUACAUGGGCAUUCGGGAGAUCGAGGGCAUGUACUACCUGCCACAAAUGGCCAUCAAGCUAUGGACGAUCGGCAUUUUCUGCUUAGUCGCAACCUUGAUAAAUAUCCCCUUCUCCUUCUUCGUCGACGCUGCGCCAACGCCGUUGUGGAUCGUCAUUAUGUCCAACUUCUGCUUCGCUGUCUUCUACUGGCUUUACCUGUGGGGACUCCUUUUCCAAGAACUCGACGCAGGGACGAAGUGGUUCAUGGUACCCGUCCACUUCAUCGCCGGCAUCAUCAUCCAACCGUUUGCCAGUAUCGCAGAAGGGUUCGCCGUCAUGUGGGCCAUGUCCAGCGAGAACACGGGUAAAUUUGAGGUUAUCAAAAAAUGA